AUGAGUGACGGGCGCCGAAAAUGUGACAUCAAAAGAGAAAAACAGUUGGACGACGCCUACAAAAGUGUAAAGAAUGGAUGGAUCACCCUAUGGGUGGAUCCACACAGUUCCUUCAAACGAAAACAGGGCGAGAUAGAAAGAAGGGAAGCCGGUAAAGCAAAGAGGAAGAGAAAUUCAGACGACACUAUCGACGGCGGUGACAGUAUGGAAGAGGACGACCAUGACUCCUACGAAAACAGACUCGCGCGACUGCGAGAAAAACACGGAGGAACAUUAGCGGACUUUAAACUGAAAUGUUGGGCAAAAAUGUUGGUAAAUAAAACUCAUCACAGCGAGGAUGAAAUGCCUCAGGUUUCCUUCUUUACCGGGAGGAAUAAAGCCAGCUGUUCAACGGUUGACCUACCUUCAUCUUCUUCAGCUCAGUCUUCAACGAAAGAAACAACAUUAAACUCAAUUUCGAGUGCUGAGGAAAAGCUACGUUUACGAAGUAUGAUCUAUAACCAGAUUGCACAACUGAAGGAUCUGUUUGAUAAAGAAAUCACUACAAGAGAUCAAUUCGACAAAGAACGCGCAAAAUUAGUUAAUGAGCUAAAUAAAAUCGACUAAAUUAUUC